CUCCAGAAAUAGUCAACUAUGAGCCACUGGGACUGGAAGUAGACAUGUGGAGCAUCGGCGUGAUCACCUACAUCUUGUUGAGCGGAGCAUCUCCAUUCCUGGGAGAGACCAAACAGGACACCCUGGGCAACAUCUCAGCUGUAAAUUAUGAGUUUGACGAGGAGUUCUUUGGUCACACCAGUGAGCUGGCCAAGACGUUCAUCAGCCAGCUGCUGGAAAAAGAUAAGAAAAAGAGAUUGACAAUUCAAGAUGCUCUCAAUCAUCCAUGGAUAAAGUCCAACGAACACAAAGAGGAAAUAGCCCAGGAGCCGAAGAGACCGGGGCGACGGCAGCUGAAGACCAAGCGCCUGAGGGAGUACACCAUCAAGUCCCACUCCAGCAUGCCACCAAACAACACGUAUGUGAACUUUGAGCGCUUUGCCCAGGUGUUGGAGGACAUCGACCAGAUAGAGAGCUCUUUUGUUUCUCUGGCAGCAGCCCACGACACUCUGCAGGAGGACAUUGAUGCCUUGGUCUCUAUUUACAACGAGAAGGAGGCCUGGUACAAGGAGGAGAGUGAGGCCGUGCGCCAUGAGCUCUCACAGAUCCGCUAUGAGUUCAGAAAGGUGGAGGCCUCCAAGAAAAGCCUACAGAAUGACAUGCAGGCAUUCAGCGGCAGCCUCACCGCUGUCAGUGAGCGCUACCAGGAGAGGCAAGAUCACUUUGACGCGCUACGCCAGGAGCUCAGCAAUGAGCUGAGAUGGGUUCAGGAGGCGGUAGGUUCUUUCCAGAUGGAUGGAGGAGGUGGAGGGUACCCUAACUGCAGCUUCUCUAGUGUCUUCAACAACGACGUAAACGAAGCGCUCAAAGAAUUGAUGAACCGCUCCUGUGGAGGAGAGCUGCUGUCUGGAAUUGACCUGGACCUCACUGAGACUAGUCAGCAACGAUAAGAACUGGACCUCACUGGAAGGUCCAGGAGGCUACAACAAGAUGGACUGAGGUGGAAUGAGACAUCAGUCAAAUCUGUUGUUUUCAAAAACUGAGAAAUGUUCAGUUUUGAAUGUGGUUCUAUAGCACUUCCUGUAUAGUGUCCAUAAAAAGAAUU